AUGGAGCUGCCGAGCGCCUGCAGCCACCCGUGCUGGUUCCUGCUCACACUGCUCCUGGGGCUGCUCCUCUGGGCCAGGAGGAGACGCGCCUGGGAUCCCCGCAAGUGUCCCACCGACCUGACUGGCAAGACGGUGAUUGUCACCGGAGCCAACAGUGGGAUCGGCAAGUGUGUGGCCCUGGACCUGGCCCGCAGGAACGCCCGCACCAUCCUGGCAUGCCGGAAUCGGGAGCAGGGCCAGGCAGCAGUGGAGGAGAUCCGGGCGGCCACCGGCAACCCUGCGGUGCUGCUGCGGCUGGUGGACACCAGCUCACUGGCCUCCGUGCGUGCCUUUGCCCAGGCCGUGCUGCGGGAGGAGAAGCGGCUGGACGUGCUGGUGAACAACGCUGGCCUCAGCGGGCUGCCCUUCACCAUCACACCGGAGGGACUGGAGAAGACCUUCGCCACCAACUACCUGGGCCCGUUCCUGCUCACCAACCUGCUGCUGGACCUCCUGAAGGCGUCGGCGCCCGCCCGCAUCGUCAACGUCUCGUCCUUCCGGCACAGCGUGGGCACCGCCGAUGGCCGCUACCUCACCGGGCAGGAGCGGCUGGGCAGCUCCGCCACCUACAACAGCACCAAGCUGAUGAACGUCCUCUUCACCGCCGAGCUGGCGCGGCGCCUGCAGGGCACAGGGGUGAUCGCCAAUGCUCUGAGCCCCGGUGUGGUGAGCACCAGCAUCAUGCGCCACUUCGGCUGGGCCAUGCGGACACUCUUCAUCCUCAUCCGCCCCUUCAUAAAGUCCGCGGAGCAGGGGGCCAUCAGCACAAUUUACUGCGCUGUCUCAGAAGAGGUCUCAGGCAUCACGGGCAAGUACUUCGACAGCGACUGCAGGCUGACUCUGCCCUCCAUGGCCGCCCGCGACGCCGGCCUCGCUCGCAAGCUCUGGGAGGAGUCCGAGCGGCUGACGGGGCUCACCGAUGGCCCCCAGCACUGAGCCAGCAGCAGCUCUGUGUCAGGGACGUGGCAGUGGCUGUGCCACCCGGUGCUGCCAGCUGCCAAGCCGGGGUUCCCUGUGGCUCCCCAGGACGUGGGGACAGAUGCUGCCAGGGGGACACCAGAGUGGGCACCAUGCAGGUGUGGGGUAGCCAGCAAGGGGAGUUGCACCAGCCCCAGCAGUGCCGGGACACCCAAGUGCAGCAGAAGGGGGUCGCCUCACAUGUGCCAGCCCCUUCCCAAAAGGGAGAGCGGCCAUGGGGCACAGCCAUGCCAGGGCAUGGAUCGUGCCACCAUCUGCGAUGUAACUCCUUUAUUAAAAAGCCCUGUACAGCCA